UGCUAGCUCCUCCCAUUUCUGGAAACAAAAUCCACCGCCGCCACGUGUAAAUUUAGGGAAACCAAGCGCGACUGGUCGGGGUAGGGACUGUCGGACUGAUCGCAGUUUAAUUUUUAAUUUUGCUCCUACUACUCACAGUCACAGUAUCGAGUAGCUACGCUUGGGCUACUUCCUGCCUUCCUGGAGCACUUACUUGGACGGCAGCCUUGCAUUGGCAUGGAGCAGGAGCCACCAUCGCCGCCGCUGCCUGCAUCGGUGCUGCAGCUGUCCCUGGCCCUCGCGCCGGCGGCGGCCGGACGCCGUGAGGACGAGGUGGUGGCGCCGACGGCUUACGUCGCCGGUAAGCAGGUGCGGCUGUUCCCUUGCCUCUACUGCGACAAGAAGUUCCUCAAGUCGCAGGCGCUCGGGGGCCACCAGAACGCGCACAGGAAGGACCGCGCCGCCGCCGGCUGGAACCCCCACGUCUACGGUGACGACGGCGCAGCCGCCGCGGCGGUGCCGCCGCCGGACGCGCUCGGCGGGGGUGGUGCCGCCAGAUCCGCCGCCGCCUUGUCCGUGUCGAUCGCCUCGCACGGCGUUGGGCCCGGCCCCGCCGGCGUCAAGGUCGAGAUGCCGGGGGGCAGCGCCCGGCUCUUCGCCGACCACGUCCUGCUCCCGGGUGCGGGGACAGCUGCCGACCCCUCCGCCGUGUCCUCCGGCGGGCGCGGUGGCACGGUGGAAAUGCACAACUGGAGAAGGGCCUCCCGCAUCUCUUCCCCACCGGAGAACGCCCACGCCAGCACCGCGCCCUCCUCCAGCUCCGGCGAGGAGCUCGACCUGGAGCUGCGACUCUAGAUCAUAUCAUCCACAACACGUGUGCUUCCUCACGGUGAGAGAGAUCCUUCAAUUUGACACGCACGCAUCUUGAUCUUGUCUACUGCCACAGUACCUUGCAUGCUUCAAUUCAUCUUCUCUGGCUCUCCAGUCGUCUCAUCCCAAUUAAGCUUGGUACGGUUCAUCAUUAUCAUUCUUAUUUGCUACUGGUGCCAGUAUCAUAGCGCCGGCCAUCAGGUGUUGCAUGCUGACCGGUGAUAUAAUGGUGUGUGCAUAUAUAUCUCAACAUCUCAGAUUACUAUAUAUAUCACUUUAUUAAGCACUGAUGAGUGUGUGUUUGUAGCUUUUCCUGCUUCAGUGGAAUGAAGCUCAUAUUCUAUGUUGCUCGUAUUUCCGAGAAAAGAAAUCAUUACAGGCGUUGGUGUGUGUGUGCAUAUCUAAGGGGCGUCGAUCUGUAUGUGAAUUAUUAUUAUAUUUUAUUAUUCACUCCAUUUCAACCGCGGAUACAUAAUUUAUUACUAUGUAUUUAAAUAUA